GGUGCGGCGCAAACGGUGGGCCGCCGCCUCCGCCGCUACCUCAGUGGGCCAGUCACGCAGAGCCCGGGGCGGGCCGCCCCGAGGAGCCUGGCGCCCGCGGACAGGUGGGCUUCCCGCCCGGAGGCCCUCGGGCUGCCCGCGCGGCCCGGGAGACCCCGCCAGAAGCCUGUCCGCGGUUCGCCUCGGCGGCCUGGGAGGGAGGGUGGCGCGGACGGCUGUCCCGGUCCUCGCGGGCGGCAGCUGGCCCGGCGUCGGGCUCCCCAGUUUCUGGUACCGAAGCGCAGACGGGUUUCCUUGUCGGAGCCACGCACCGUUAAUGUAAGGCCGUAGAAUAGAAUAUCUCUCUAUGCCUGUCUCACCAGUGUAUUUUGGAACCACAUAACUUGUCUGAUGUCGCAGGCUCACAGCUGGCAAGGAGUUUUGCCUUCGAGUGAAUCACAUCUCAAGUCUCAACCAUACCUGAUGAUUUUCAGGGUCUUCUGUGCCAUCUGGCUCUUCCAUUGCGUCAUGUCCGUUACACUCCUCCCACCUGCUGGCGUGUUGGCUCCGACAGCAGUUCAGCUACCGUGGCCUGUGUUUCCUCUUCAACCCCACAGAGGUCAGGGUCACGAUGCCCAUAUAAGGUCAACCUGAAUCAACAUGUCUGGGACUGAAGAAGCAAUUCUUAGCGGCCGUGACAGCCAUCCUGCUGGUGGCAACUCUGUAUUAUGCUUUGGUCAGUACCAAUACACAGCAGAAGAGUACCAGGCCAUCCAGAAUGCUCUGAGGCAGAGGCUGGGCCCAGAAUACAUAAGUAGCCGCAUGGCUGGAGGAGGCCAGAAGGUGUGUUACAUCGAGGGUCACAGGGUAAUUAAUCUGGCCAAUGAGAUGUUUGGCUACAAUGGCUGGGCACACUCUAUCACACAACAGAACGUGGAUUUUGUUGACCUUAACAAUGGCAAGUUCUCCGUGGGCGUCUGUGCGUUUGUGAGAGUCCAGCUGAAGGUGAGGGUGAUGGAGGGGACGUGCUGCCUGCAGGCACGGGGCAGGUGGGAGAGUGAGCAGGAUGGUUCGUAUCAUGAGGACGUGGGCUAUGGUGUUAGCGAGGGCCUCAAGUCCAAAGCCUUGUCUUUGGAGAAGGCGAGGAAGGAGGCAGUGACCGACGGGCUGAAGCGAGCACUGAGAAGUUUCGGGAAUGCACUUGGGAAUUGUAUUCUGGACAAAGACUAUCUGAGGUCACUAAACAAGCUUCCACACCAGCUGCCUCUUGAAGUGGACUUAACUAAAGCAAAGAGACAAGACUUUGAACCAUCUGUGGAACAAGCCAGAUAUAGCAGCUGCCGACAGAACCUGGCUCUGGGACCCCCCAAACCACAGGAGGUGACGUCCCCUUGCAGACCAAGCCACCACGUUGUGAUGUCGGGGACGAGGACAGCAGCUCCGCGUGUGGGCCGCGUGCCCUCCCCGCCCCUGCUCCUUCCCAGAAGCCCGACCUCUGCUGCCACGGAGAGCGAUGCCACGUACCAGCGGAAGCUCCGGCAAAGACAGCUGCAGCAGCGGUUCCGGGAGCAGAUGGGGAAGCAGCAGCAGGAACCCCCGUCCGGCCCCCCCGCCGAGAAGCAGGGCCCUGCAGCGCUGCCACCGGUGCCACCUGCCAGAACUGCUGCUUCAGAGCCGCUCACCCAGACAGACGUGCUUCCAGACAGUCUUGAAAUGUGGGACAUGGCUCUAGAUGCAGGGGACGGUGUGGUCAAGCCCUUGUCUAAACCAGAACCACCACAAGCCCCUGCCACCUCCGUCCUGAAGAACGAGAUGGAGACCUGGAACAGGACCCCGCAGAGCCUUUGCCACCAGAAUCCACAGGCAAAAUGUGGACCCUGGCACCUUCAAACUUACCACCUUAACCAACACAUAACAGGAGACUGUGAUUCAUACAGGAAGAACCAGGACACGAAGAAAAGGAAAUUGGAUCCAUCUUGACCAAGGCUCAGGUCACCUCACUGGAUUCUGUCACAAAGGGACUUUCAAAAACUGCUUCUUGGUCAUGAAAUGACUCGUCAUUCCUAGGGAAAGAGCUUUACCUCCGGGGAUUUACCUUGCUUCAUGCUCAACUUCGCCAGAGGCUUUCACUAUUGGAACCUGACGCAGAUCAAGCUGGGCAGGCAGGGAAGCCCUGCGGAGAUUAAACAAACAGGGCUUCCCUGGUGGCGCAGCGGUUGAGAGUCUGCCUGCCAGUGCAGGGGACACGGGUUCGAGCCCUGGUCUGGGAGGAUCCCACAUGCCGCGGAGCAACUAAGCCCGUGCGCCACAGCUACUGAGCCUGCGCGUCUGGAGCCUGUGCUCCGCAACAAGAGAGGCCGCGAUAGUGAGAGGCCUGCGCACCGCGAUGAAGAGUGGCCCCCGCUCGCCGCAACUAGAGAAAGCCCUCGCACAGAAACGAAGACCCAACACAGCCAUAAAUAAAUAAAUAAAUAAAUUUAAACAAACACACACACACCUUUUCUUUGGCUCUUCACUAUUUAUUUAUUCCUAAGCUUUUAUGUUAAUAAAGGUAGACAUUCUAGGAAUCACAGUGGCCACCUUCCCCACGCACCAACCUCGACAGCGGCCUGCAGUAUCUCACUCUGUGUGACCUCUGACCCCUUUCGCUGCCACUCAUCUACAACAAUCUGUCAUUUAUAGGCUCAUUGUGAAACUACCUCCAUUUUUUCCUAAUAAGGAAAUAUAAUCUAAGACCAAAGAA